CAAGAAAUUCCCAUAUUUAUAUUUAAAACAGAAACUGAGGUGUAGGCGGAGGAAUAGAGGUAAAAGAUUCUCCUUCUUUUAAAGAAAAGAUUGAAUCUUUAUGUAUUUAUUUGUAUUUUAGUUGGUGAAGAAAGUGAAAAAAUUGGGAAAGGAGGAGAAAAGAGGCAACCCCUUCAUCUCCAUUUGGAGGAAGAAGGAGAGGAGGAGAUGGGAAUUUUGUAUGAUGAUGUUGUGUUAUUGAAUCAUUCAGAAAGAGAAGGUGACCCAAGUGUGAUUACUGUGAAUUGUCCUGAUAAGACUGGUUUAGGUUCUGAUCUUUGUAGAAUCAUUCUCUUCUUUGGGCUCACUGUUGUCAGAGUUGAUGUAUCGACAGACGGAAUAUGGUGCUACAUAGUGUUUUGGGUGGUGGGAAGACCAGACACAAGAUGGAAUCUGUUAAAGAAGAGACUUAUGGGAGCUUGUCCAUCUUGUUCUUCUGCCUCUGGCAUAUCAUAUUAUCGUGCUGAGUUGUCUCCUAGGCCUCCUGAUGUAUUCCUCUUGACAUUUUGUUGCAACGAUCGAAGGGGCCUUUUGCAUGAUGUGACAGCAGUACUUUCCGAGCUCGAGCUUACAAUAAAGAAGGUGAAAGUAUCCACUACUCCAGAUGGAAAAGUGAUGGACCUGUUCUUCAUCACUGACACAAGAGAACUUCUACAUACAAAGAAGAGACAAGAAGACACACAUUACCAGUUGAAAUCUGUUCUGGGUGACGCCAUGAUAAGUUGUGACAUAGAAAUGGUCGGGUCUGAAAUCGCCGGGUGCUCUCAAGGACCAUCAUUUCUUCCUCAAGAAAUUGCCGAGGACAUGUUUAGCUUCGAAAUACUUCAUGAGCAACUGAGUACAUCUCUUGCCUGCAAUAAAGCGAUUAUCACCGUUGAUAAUUUGAUGAGCCCUGGUCAUACUCUCAUCAAGAUUGCUUGCCAAGAUCACAAAGGUCUUCUGUAUGACAUAAUGAGGACACUGAAAGACUACAAUAUUCAGAUAUCAUAUGGGCGAUUCGCAGCAAAAGCUAAAACAGAUUGUGAGCUUGAGUUGUUCAUAAUGCAAGCAGAUGGCAAGAAAAUAGUGGACCAUAGCAAGCUGAAUGGUUUGUGCUCACGUCUUCAAAUGGAACUAAGUCGCCCUCUCAGAGUGUCAUUGAUGAACCGAGGUCCUGAUGCAGAAUUACUGGUUGCAAACCCUGUAGAGUUAUCCGGCAAAGGUCGACCGAUUGUCUUUUAUGACAUUACACUGGCUCUCAAGAUGCUCAAUAUUGGCAUCUUUUCGGCUGAAGUAGGGAGAUAUCAGAUUGGUGAUCGAGAAUGGGAAAUUUACCGUGUCUUACUGGACGAAGGGAAUGGCUCGGGUCCCUCGAGGAACAAGAUUGUGGAAGCUGUUUGGAAGAUGUUGAUGGGUUGGGAGUAAACAACUAGUGAAUGUACAGUUCCUAUGUUCAUUGCUGAAAGACCUCAUUUGACUUAAUGUAUACAGUGUAUAUAAGUGUAUUAAUCUAGAGGGAAAAAAAAACUAGGGUCUGUCAAGUUUCAAUGCAAGAUUUUGCAAGGCUAACCUUAUAGAAUCAUGUGAGAAAUGUGAAGAAGUUAAAAAGACUUUUUUUAAGUUUUAGUGUUUGUAGAAGUUGUAUGUACAGAUUAUCUAGUAUCAUAACCUUUUGGGCUGAGUAUUAGCUCCAAGUCUGCUGUUCA